GCACUCGUGUAAGGUUGGCUACUCUUUGUUUAAUGCUUGUUCAUCUAACUUAAAUCGUGAUCGAACGGCUUCUGAAACAAGAAAAGCAAAUAAAAUAUUAACAUCAGGAGAAAGACUCAAAACGAUAUCUAUGCUCUUGUGAAUGACAGUUUCAUGCUACUGAACUUGUACAACAUCCUACAGAAUAUUCCAGAAUAGACAUUGUACAAGUGCUUGACGUUUGGAUUUUUACAGUCCAUGAAGAAUCUUUAGUAACCUGUAACUGACCUUUUAUGAGUAAAUAACCUUCGUUUUGCUUGACUGUAAGAGGAUCAAGGUUGAUGAAUUGAGCAUGCUGCAGGAGUUUUUCUCAUGCAAUCACUCCUAAGAGAAAAAUUUGUUUCUAAAAACAUUUUUUAAGAGGUCAGAAAAUAUUGAAUUUAGUUUGAGCAAUUCUUUUACUGGAAGCUACUAGGCAUGAUCAACAGUUAGGAUAGUGGUAAAAAAGAAUUACUGCAUAACUGAAUUCGCAAUGUAUAAGUGACUGUAUGAGUCAUCAAAUAACGCCUCACAUAUAAUAAAAGCCUCCAAAAAGAAGAAAAGACUACCAAAGAUCGUCAGACAUCUCUUACUGUUUUCUAUUUUCGCGUUGUAACGUAGUUCAUGUAAAGUAGUAGUCGCGUAUUCUACAAAACGUACAAUAUUUACACUGUUUAUACUGAAUGACAAAAGCGCUAUUGAGUGAGAAACAUUUUACUGGCCACUUAUCGUUUUGAAAUGUGUUAAGUUUCUUCUUUUUAUACGAGAACGAAAAUUUUCUUUUUUGUACUAUAUAAUUUUUCUCUUUUUUUUCGAUAGGCAAUAUCACUAGUCGAUAAUCAGCUAGGUCUGAAUAGCUGAAUCAGCUUUCCAGUUUUUCCAGCUCUGAAUCGGGUCUAAUUAGUGACGGAAUCAGAACUGAAGUUUCUGGAAGUGCCAAUCUCAGAUUUUUCAGAGCUGAAUCAGCUAUUCGAAGAAAAAAGCUCCUGUAAACAUCAGAACCACAGCGUUUACUGUGAUUGAGAUAAGUUAGACGCAAACGUUGAGUGACAGAUUGCGCCUAAUUUAGCCCUCAGUUUUUGAUUGAUCUUUUAACGGCUUCCGUGUUAUUUCCUCCUAAUAACGGGUUAGGGAACGAUAAAAACCAUGGUGGAUAGACUUUUAUGGGUAUGCGCACAUCAUUUGUUCGCGCUUAAGGCCAUGUACACCCUAAAAAAGUCAGGUUCUAUUUAAGUCAAAGGGUUUAGUCAAAAAGUUAGCGGACAGACUUUUCAACCAAUCAGAUGGCCACUCAGGUGUCUUAGAUGAUAUCUAAGUUUUGUAGGGCGAACAUGACCUUACUUCUAUACAUUUGUCAGUAUGAAAGCGCUUCCUAAUUAACACAAUGAAACCUUAUUAUUACUCAGAUUAUCUAAUUAACCGAAUCAGUCCUGAAAGUACUGAUCAGGAUAUUUAGCUCUGAAUCAGUAAGAAGAAAAAGACAAAAACAAAUAUCUUCAAGAUAUUUUUUGAAAAUUGUUGAAAAUUAUGUUUCACAAGUUGUGAAACAUAAUUUUCAGUUUUAUCAGGGCUGAUUUAGACUCUGAUUCAGAGCUGAAAAAACUGGAAAACUGAUUCAGCUAUUCAGACCUAGCAGAUUAUCGACUAGUGAUAGCCCAUGGUACGAAAAAAGAGAAAGGGAGCGUGGUCUAUAUAAUGUGAAAAGAUUCAGUCAUUGUUUAGACCACUUGCUAAAACAGAUCAAAAACAAAAAUACAUUUAAUUCUUUUCUUUCGUUUCUUUGUCUUUCAAACUUGGGCAGAUGCACUCUACUUGAUGCUCGUAAAAAAACGUUAGUAUUACGAACAGACACAUCAGUCUGUGCUAGGAAGUCAUCGCAGUAAGUCAUUGGAGGGGUAGAUGGCAUUAUUUUUCUUUAGUAGAACAAUGAAGAACGAACAUUUAUCAAUAGUAAAAUCUUAUGACGGAGAGUGAACUCAAAACUUUCACUUAUCGUUCGUCUAAUUAUCUAUUUUCCAAACUGAUUCGUACAGCAUUCGGAGUAAUACUGUUAUGUCAUUUUGUUAAUAGAAGAAAAGAAAUUCGUUACCUUUUUGCACAUGUUCUUAUUCUUUUUUUUUAACCUUCUUGCUCACUCUACAGCUGUUAUGACAAAUGAAUAAUCAAUAACAGGCCAAAAGUUUUCUCACUGCAUGUGCACGUUGAAUAACUAUAUUAUUUUAUAGAUCGUUGUUUUCCAAUUGUUUGUGCAAUAAAUGGCCAAUAAUAAUGAAUUUUGUAAACGCUUACUUAAGUAAAGUAUUAAUUCAUCAUUUGUUUUCCAGAAAUAACUUGUGUUCAUUUUGUAACCUAUAUAGACAUAUUGAUGACAAUAAAUCGAAAUAUAUUCAACGUUUAAGUGAUGCUGUUAGUAUUCCAUCAGUUAGCUCGUGGCCAGAUUAUCGUCAUGAAGUUGUUCGUAUGGCUGAAUGGACACGUGACCUUUUGGAAUCUAAAGGUGUCACUGUUGAAUUAGCAGAUAUUGGUCAACAAGCAUUACCUGAUGGAACAAAAAUUAAAUUACCACCUGUUCUAUUAGGAACAUAUGGCAAUGACAAAACAAAGAAGACAAUAUUAAUAUAUGGUCAUUUAGAUGUACAACCAGCAUUCACGAGCGAUGGAUGGGAUACCAAACCAUUUCAAUUAAUUGAAAAAAAUGAGAUAUUAUAUGGUCGAGGUUCAACAGAUGAUAAAGGUCCUGUAUUAUGCUGGAUUAAUGUUAUCGAAGCUUACCAAGAAAUGAAUGAGCCAAUGCCAGUCAAUUUGAAAUUUGUCCUUGAAUCUAUGGAAGAAUAUGGCAGUAUUGGUUUGGAAGAUUUCUUAAAAUCAUUGAAACAUACAUUUUUAACGAAUGUUGAUCAUGUUGUUAUAUCCGAUAGUUAUUGGCUUACUAAAGAGAAACCAUGUAUACAAUAUGGAUUACGUUACGAAGCAAUGUCUGAUUUAAUUGCCAUAAUGAAUGCAUUAGUUGAUGAAAAUGGACGCAUAACAAUUCCAGGCAUCUAUGAUGAUGUGGCACCAUUAGAUUCGAAAGAAAAAGAAGUUUAUAAAAAAAUUACAUUUGAUAUUGUAAUUCCAAGAAAAGUUAUUGGUAAAUUUUCCAUUCGUAUUGUACCAAAUAUGAAAAUUGAAACAGUUGAAAAGUUAGUUAAGAACCUCGUUGAUUCGGUGAUGAAAGACAAACGUCAUUCACCAAAUAAAUAUAAUGUUAAAUUAGAAAAACGUGGUAUUUAUUGGCUAGCUGAUUUUGAGAAUGAUCCACAAUAUGUAGCUGCUAGAAAAGCAACAGUAAUUGUUCAUGGAGUGGAACCUGAUCUCACACGAGAAGGUGGAUCAAUUCCAAUAACAUCAACCUUUGAACAAUUAACAGGAAAAACUGUUUUAAUGUUACCAGUUGGCUCAUCGGACGAUGGAGCUCAUAGUCAAAACGAAAAAUUUAAUGUUCUUAAUUAUAUGAAUGGGGUAAGCAAAAGUGAAACAGAGCAGAUCAUAUCGAACGUUCCGAUCAAUUGGUAUUAUGUAAUUUGA